ACUUUUGACAUUUAUAAACUCUAAAGGGGGAAGAUUUUGGGUGGGUAACAGUGACAGUUUCUUGUCCUAAUCCUGCACAAGAUGAUUGGGUUGCAGUUUUUUCUCCUGCAGAUUUUAAGUAAUGUCGAUUCUUGCAAGUUUCUGGUUUUAACUGCUAUGUAUUUUUAAGCUAAAAUUUUCAAUCUAAUGGCUAGUGGAUCCACCUGUCCAAACAAUGAAGACGUCAAUAAGUACUAUGAGCCCUAUAUUUGCACAUCGCCUAUUAAGUACAAGUUUGCCAAUUAUUCCAGUGCUGAUUACGCAACCACUAGUAACUCAACUUUGUACUUUCGACUGAUCAAUCAACGGGCAGACUUUUCGUUUGCAUUGUUCUCUGGCGGGCUGUCAAAUCCGAGAUUAGUGGCAGUUUCGAAUAAGGUGACCUUCGCCUACCCAAAGGCUCCCCUGUACCCACGUCUUGCUCUAGGGAACCUUUGGGAUGAAAUGACAGUGACUUGGACAAGCGGCUAUAACAUCGAUGAAGCUGUACCUUUAGUUGCGUGGGGUUUAAAGGGGGAGCCUCGAAUGCACAACUCUCCGGCAGGAACAUUGACUUUCAGUAGACGGGACAUGUGUGCUGCACCUGCACGAACAGUUGGUUGGCGUGAUCCUGGUGUCAUCCAUACAAGUUUUCUAAAAGAUUUAUGGCCAAAUUACAGGUACUCUUACAAGCUUGGUCAUCGGUUAUCUAAUGGGUCCUAUAUCUGGAGCAAGAUUUACUCUUUCAAGUCAGCACCAUAUCCAGGGCAGGAGUCAUUGCAUCGAGUUAUCAUAUUUGGUGACAUGGGAAAGGCUGAGCGUGAUGGUUCAAAUGAAUAUGCUGAUUAUCAGCCCGGCUCACUUAUCACCACAGAUCGGCUAAUCAAGGAUUUGGACAACUUUGACAUAGUUUUUCACAUAGGAGAUAUGCCUUAUGCCAAUGGAUACAUAUCACAAUGGGAUCAGUUCACAUCACAGGUGGAGCCGAUUGCAUCAGUUGUACCAUAUAUGGUUGCGAGUGGCAACCAUGAACGAGAUACAACAGGGACUGGAUCCUUCUACGACACUAAUGAUUCAGGUGGUGAAUGUGGUGUGCCAGCUGAAACCAUGUAUUAUGUUCCUGCUGAGAACAGAGCUAAAUUCUGGUAUGCAACAGAUUAUGGAAUGUUCCACUUCUGUAUAGCUGACACUGAGCAUGACUGGAGAGAAGGUUCCGAGCAGUACAAAUUUAUUGAGAAAUGCUUUGCAUCUGCUAACAGACACAAGCAGCCUUGGCUGAUAUUUGCUGUUCAUCGUGUUCUCGGUUAUUCCUCUGACACUUGGUAUGUAGAUGAGGGUUCAUUUGAAGAGGCGAUGGGAAGGGAUGACAUGCAAAAGCUUUGGCAAAGAUACAAUGUGGACAUUGCAUUUUACGGCCAUGUCCAUAACUACGAAAGAAUAUGCCCCAUCUAUCAGAACCAGUGUGUAAAUUCAGAAAUAUUCAACUAUUCAGGAACUGUCAACGGAACAAUCCAUGUUGUUGUUGGUGGCGGAGGCAGCCAGUUAUCAGAUUUUAGUACCCUGAAGACAGUUUGGAGCAUCUACCAAGAUCUAGACUUUGGUUAUACGAAACUCACAGCGUAUAACCACUCAUCGCUGCUCUUCGAGUACAUGAAGAGCAGGGGUGGGAAGGUCUAUGAUUCAUUAGCCAUCUCCAGGGACUACAAGGAUGUCUUGGCCUGUGUUCAUGAUGGUUGUGAACCAACCACCUUAGCUACAUGA